CCCGCUCUGCACCCCGACCCGGGCUCGGAGGAUGAUGAAGCUCAAGUCGAACCAGACCCGCACCUAUGACGGCGACGGCUACAAGAAGCGGGCUGCGUGCCUGUGUUUCCGCAGCGAGAGCGAGGAGGAGGUGCUGCUUGUGAGCAGUAGUCGCCAUCCAGACCGAUGGAUUGUCCCUGGAGGAGGCAUGGAGCCUGAGGAGGAGCCAAGUGUGGCAGCAACCCGGGAAGUCUGUGAGGAGGCUGGCGUAAAAGGGACAUUGGGAAGACUAGUUGGGAUUUUUGAGAACCAGGAGAGGAAGCACAGGACGUACGUGUAUGUCCUCAUUGUCACAGAAGUACUGGAAGACUGGGAGGACUCUGUGAACAUUGGAAGGAAGCGGGAAUGGUUUAAAAUAGAAGAUGCCAUCAAAGUGCUGCAGUGUCACAAGCCCGUGCAGGCGUCGUAUUUUGAGACGUUGAGGCAAGGCUACUCUGCCAACAAUGGCACCCCUGUCGUGGCCACCACGUACUCGGUUUCCCCUCAGAGCUCCAUGUCGGGCAUCAGAUGACUGAAGGCUCCCGUAAGAGCAGUGGAAGUGGGAAACUAGACUGAAGUGAGGAUCUUCCCUCUCCCCUGGCUCUUCCCACCUUUCCUCCGCGGCCUCCUCUUUCUAACACGGCAUGACGGGCAGCAGAGAAGGGGGUCCUGGCGGUGCUGCUGCCUGCCGGGGUUAGCACUGGGGCUGCUUCUUGUUCUCUCCAGGGGUGGGGUGGGUCUGUAAGUGUAAGUACUUUGUGCAUGCUCUGUCUCUCCCCUCUCCCUCCCUGCAGGCCUUGGAAGAGAGGCCAACAGCCUCUCCCCACCUUGCGUUCCGCAGUAUUCCUGUGGGCCUCAGCCCAGUCCUGGCCAGAGAGUUUUCUUUUAUUCUUUUUUCUUUUCUUUUCUUUUUUUUUAAUUAAAAGAUACCAAUGUGAGAAAACUUUUCAAGAAUUUGUCCUGUAGUGUGCUGUUUGGCCCCGUAGGUGGUCAUUUUCACUGCAGGAUGCAUUUAUCUACACAUUAUAUUCUGGACAUAUAAUAUGUAAAUAAAUGCUUUUAGAAAGAGAAACUUAGUGGUUUGAUUUUUCAAGUUUUUUUUUUUCUUUUUUAAUUCAGUGUAUUUCUGAAAUUGAGAACCUCACAAUUCAUUUACCUUUCAUUGUGUGAGGCUAGGCAGUGACAAGGCAGGUUUCCCAGUCUGCCCUUGCCCAGUCAGCGAGGACACAUUAGCGACCCCCGUGCUCCCAGGGCUCCCGGCCAUUUCCCUCAGCUGGCUUUCCAUGCCAAGGAAGAAACAGGAAGAGACCAGUUGGCUCAGCCUGGAUCCGGAAUAGCAGUGCUAGAUGUUGGAUUCUGCCUUCUGUGUGGCCAGCGGGCUUCCGGCUGGAUUCCUGGGAUGACGGAGCCUCAAGCCCAGCUUGUGUUCUGUGGCUUUGGGAUCUGUUCCAUAAUGCUUCUUCCUGCUGCCAGCGGCCGUUGCUCUCGUCCAUGCGGGCCUCACACCGUGCGGAACGGAGGCAUCAGCUGUGUGCGAGGUUAUGCUCCCCACACCUGGUGACCAGAUCCAGUUUCUGAGUAGAACCAGGUCCGGGAGCUCACGUGGUGACAUCACAGCACUUGGGGUCACACCUGGGCGCACGCUCAGAGGUGCCGACUGUGCUCCCAGCAGGACAUGCGAAGUCCAGUCCUCACAAGAGGCCUCGGAAUGCUUCCUCGGAGCAGCUGUGUGACCCGCCGCGGCAGGCUGCGGACCUCCUCACUGGCUUCUGAUGCAGGUUUCCUGCUGGCUUAUUUGCCAAUUGUGUUGUUUAGUUGAGAAGUGAAAGUGUCUUGAAAAGGGUCUUGCUGUGGGGGGUGGGGGGGUGGGGGACACUGAUUGAUCCCUGGCUUGGGACAGGAGAUUGUUGCUAUACCUCUAGUGACAUCUCCUUUGUCAAAACAUAGCCAAGAUGUGAAACUAAAAUCAUAGUUCUUUAUUUAAGGAUUCUAAUAAAUACUAAACUUUGAAAA